AUGAACGAGUCCAGCCCGAGCGACGUCUCCGCCCCCGACAAGCCGCCUCAACCCCCGCCUCACCCUCACUCUCAAGCACAAACACAAGCACAAGCGCAACCCGCGCAUCCCGCCAAGCGCACGCGCGUGCUCCUCUCGUGCGGCCCCUGCCGCGCCUCCAAGCUCAAGUGCGACCGCCUCCAGCCAUGCAGCCAGUGCGCCAAGAAGAGCCGCCCGGAGCUGUGCGUCUACGCGCCCCGGCCGGUCAAGAAGCGGCCCCCGCGGCGCGGCAUGUCGGCGCGGCUGCAGCGUCUCGAAGGCAUGGUGCGCAACAUGCUGGACGAGAGCGGCGAGGCCAGGCCGGGGGGCGAGGCUGAGGGGGACACGCCGGCCGUCAAGGGCAAUGUGGUUCACGGCGGGAGGGGGACGACGUACGUGGGCGCCACGCAUUGCAUGGCGAUGUUGGAGGACAUCGAAGACUUGAAGACGUAUUUUCAGGAUGAAGCUGGGGCUGACGACGAGACGUCUCCGACAGAUGAGCUGGAUGCUCCAGAGAUGCUCCUCUGGUCGGCCGGGGGACCCGGGGACCGAGAUGAGUUGCUCACUCAGCUGCCGGAACGACAUGUUGCAGACCGCCUCAUAACUCGAUACUUUUCUGCCAUGAGCCCGUCACAGCAUGUCGUUCACCGACCUACGUUCACCAGAGCAUAUACCCGCUUCUGGCAAGAUCCCAACUCUGCCUCGCUCCACUGGAUCGCCCUACUCUACAUGGUCCUCGCCCUCGGCGUCUUCUUCAACAACUACGCCGCCCCGCACGAGCUCUCCGCCGACUCCCCGCUGCCCGUGCAGGACCGCAUCAAGCAGUACCGGUCCUGCGCGGGAUGGGCCCUCAUCUGGGGAAAGUACGCGCAGCCCAGCUUCGAGACGCUGACCGCCUUCAUCCUCUACGUCGAGUCGCACUUCAUGUUCAACCGCGCCGCGCAGAUGAACUGCUACAUCCUCAGCGGCGUGGGACUCCGUCUCAUGUUCAAGAUGGGCUUGCACCGGGACCCCAGCAGGUUGGCGGAUAUUUCCCCCUUUGAGGGUGAGAUGCGGCGCAGGAUGUGGAACCUGGCCAUGCAGAUCGAGUCGCUCGUCGCCUUUCACAUGGGCCUGCCGAGCAUGCUCCAGGGCGUCGAGACGGACACGGCGGUGCCGCGGAACCUGCAGGAUGACGACUUCGACGAGGAUUCGGCCUUCCUGCCCCCGGGACGUCCCGAUACGGACCACACGCUCAUGACGUACCCGAUUCACAAGACGAAGAUCCUCAGGGUCUUUGGGCAGAUUGCGCGGCUGGCGCACGCGCUCACGCCGCCGGCCUACGUCGAGGUCAUGAGAAUCGAUGGCCUCCUGCAGAAGACGUGGAAAGAACUGCCGACCUUCAUGCGUGUCAAGCCCCUGGAGGAAUGCAUCGGCGACUCUCCCCACCUCAUCAUUCAGCGGUUCGGCCUCGCCGCCGUCUAUAACAAGUGCCGGUGCGUGCUCCACAGGCGGUUCAUCGCCGAGUUGGAUCUCAACCCGGAGCACGACUACUCGCGGCAGCAGUGCUUCGACGGCGCCCUCAGCCUGCUCAGCUACCAGCACGUCAUCUGGAAAUCGUGCAAGCCGGGUAACGUGCUCAGCCAGAACGGCUGGUUUGUCUCAUCUCUCGCCAUUCACGACUUUCUACUCGCCGCCGUAAUCGUAUAUAUGGUCAUCAAGCAUGACGGGUACAACGCCGAGGGUAAGAGUCAUUGGGUAAAGGACGACCAGCCGCUGCCUACAAAAGAGGAUCUCAAAUUCGUCCUCAAGCGCUCUCACGCCAUCUGGUCGGAGGUGGCAACCGAGAGAGAGGAGCUCCGCAAGACAGCCGACACGCUUGCCACGAUUCUGGCCAGGCUGGGAACGUCUGUCGACCGGCACGCCGACUUCCCCGACGCUGCGUAUCCGUCCAUGGGAGGAUCAGGCUCUACAGAGCCAUUCAACUGGGGCCUAGCCGGCGCCAAGUCGUCCUCUCACUCUAUCAGCGGGUCUGAACUUCUGUCAAGCCUAGAGUCUGCCUCGGGGACUGGCUCAGGGGCGUCCGGGCCCUCGCCCUUUUCGUCCUUCGACCAACGGCCCCAGGAGGCAUCUAUGAACAUGACCAUGGCGGGCGUGAACCCCGUGCCGGGCGAGUUCCCGACCAGCCCGGAGUUUGACGUGCCGUGGAUGUCGGCCGAAACCAUGGACUGGCGUUAUCUUGACAUCUCCUUGGCGCAUAGCCACACUGCUGGCGCGGUGGCCGAGUCGGGGCCUGGUCAGACGUGGAUGGAGAGACUGCCAUUGGAUGAUCUCGACAUGAUGGGGCCGACGGGCUGGAAUCAGCAAUCCGGGGCGGACGGGCAGCCGUGA